CCCAGAGAAACUACCUUUCCAACAGCAUCUCGGCCGUUUUCACCAUGCAGACGCAUAUUCUGUUUUAUCUCAGUCUAACAUGGAUACGGCUAUCACAAGACAUCGCAAAAGCUAAAGACACAGGUGACCCUAAAUGGAAGAUAAACGUGAAUCAGAACAUAACUGCAACAAAAGGCUCAAAUAUAACCAUAUUCUGCACAUUUGAAACUCCUCCGGAACAAAAAACAAACAUUACAGUUUACUGGAAAACAAAUGGAAGAAGCAGCUGCAGCAGGAACGACAACGACAAGCUGGCAUUUGCUUUUCAUUCUAGCUCCUCUUGCAUAGAUCCACACUUCCAGGGAAGGACAAAACUAAUUGGAGAAGCCAGCGAUGGAAACUGCUCUCUGCAAAUCUUCAAUAUUAGGAAAACUGAACCAUCAAUCUACGUGCGGGUUUCUGGACGGAGCAACUACUACAGCUUCAAGAAACAUGCCGUCAAAUUUUAUGUGGAUGAAAAAAAUUUAAGUUCCUUGAGUCACACAGAUUAUCCCUCAUUUGAGUUUACAACAAGCGCCAUGCCUGAUGUGCAUGACGAUGGGAACAUCAAGAUGUACCUGGCCAUCUUUGUGCCCCUUCCCAUCAUUCUCAUCAUUGCUGCAGCUGGGAUAGUCGCUUACAAAACGUACAAGAGGUCACACAUGAUGAAGCGUCAGGAAUCUGGAUAUUAUGCAAACUUCAAACGGACAUCGUCAACCCCACACAAAAGUGAACCAUUAUGUGAAACAUCAAAUAAAAUGCCUACAGAUGCAAAAGUCAUUGAUGAACCUAUUUACUUAAAUCUGCAGAGGUCAGCAAAUGAGAUGGACCAACGAGUGGAAACUGUGGAAAAUAUUUAUGGAAAUGUGGACUAUACAAUUUAGAAAAAAAACAUCUGCUUUCAUCCUGAAGGGUUGUAUUUA